AUGAUAACCAAAAUUUUGGAUUGUAUUUUUAUUGGAGAUAUAUUCUCUACCGCUGAAAUAAAUAUUGAGAAAUUUAAAAUCCAAAUAGUUUUAACCCUUUCAUCUCAACCUUUGGCUUUAGAAAAAAGAAUAAUUGGUGUUGAUUACCAAUUUAUUUAUAUGUUAGACGUUGAAAAUCAAAAUAUUUUUAGUUCAAAUAUUUUACAAAAAACAUUUAAUUUAUUACAAAAAUGUUGGGAAAAUAAACAGUCAAUACUUGUACAUUGUGAAAGUGGAAUAAGUAGAUCAGUCACAAUUAUUAUUGCUUUUUUGAUGAAAAAAAAUAAUUGGAGUUAUCUAAAUUCUUUUAAUUUUUUGAAGGAAAAACAUUCAAUUGCGAGCCCAAACAAUUCAUUUAUUAAACAACUCGAAUUAUUUGAGAAAAUUGGAUUUAUUACAGACCCAAUUAAUUUAAAAAAAUCAGAAAUAUUUAGAGAUUUUGUUGCUUCUAAUGGAUAUUUAUUUGAAUUAAAUGAUAAUACAUCAAAAUAUAAUUUGGAAGAAUCUUAUUUAUUGUCUUCAAAAAAAUUUUCUUGUAAAAAAUGUAGAAAAAUUCUCUUUUUUGAUUUUAAUGUUUUAAAACAUUUUUCUGAUAAUAAAAAUAUUUUUUGUGAAUUUGGAUAUUUAAUUACUCCAAUGGUUUGGAUGGAGUUGGAUGAAUUAAAGGGAAAGAAUAUUUCCAACAGUGUUAUCUUUUAAUUGAAGGGAUCACUUAAAAAAGUUUUCGUUACAAGAUUUUGAAUUUUUAUAGACAAAUGUCCAAUAGAUUUUUCAGAAUCGCAGUCAAGUAUUUAUUUUUUGAGAGAUUUUUCCCAAGUUUAGAGGCCAGAUUUAGAUCGGAGUUUCGAAAAUUAGUCAGAUCGGAUUUCGGAUAUCCCGGCCCGUCCAUAGUCUGAAUAGAGGAAAACGAGGAGACAAUUAUUUAUAAGGACAUGUUUCCUAGUUUUGAAGAAAAACUGGUUAACUUUUAACAAGAAA